AUGUCCAACGUGUCACGCACCCCCAUCUUUCUCACCGGCGCUACAGGUUACAUCGGGGGCGCAGUCCUAACACGUCUCCUCGCACAUCCCUCCGCGCAGACUUUCGGCAUCACCGUCUUCCUCCGCUCGGCAGAGAAGGCGAAGCUCCUCGAGUCCGACUUUGGCGUGAAGGCCGUCGUAGGCACGCUUGCGGAGCUUGACAAGCUCGAAGCGCAGGCCGAAGCAGCGCACGUCGUCUUCUCAUGCGCGGACUCAGAUGAUUUGCCUGCGAUUGAAGCCAUCCUCCGAGGGUUGCGCAAGAGGCAUGCCACGAUCGGUGACCUUCCCAUUCUGAUCCAUACAUCCGGUACAGGUGAACUAGCAGAUAAAGCUAACGGACUUCACCCCACCGACACAAUCUACGACGACCUCGACGCCGCGCAAAUCGAGACGCUCCCGCCGACAGCCCCGCACCGUCCCGUCGAUCUUGCGAUCGUCGGCGCAGAUGCAGACGGGUACGUGCGCACGUACAUCGUGCUGCCCUCCACGAUCUACGGGAUUGCGACCGGCCCGCUCGUCGCCGCGGGCAUAUCGAACCCGCAGUCGAUCCAGAUCCCCAACCUCAUCCGUGCGUCCCUGGAUCGCCGGCAUGCGGGCGUGGUCGGCCGCGGUAUCUCCUUCUGGCCGGACGUACACAUCGACGACGUGGCUAACCUGUACAUUAUCCUUUUUGACGCGAUCGUCGCGAACCCCGAGAAGGUAGGCCACGGGCGCGAGGGGUACUACUUCGGGGAGAACGGCGAGCACACAUGGGGCGACAUCGCGCGCGCGACAGGUGCAGCGUUCGUGGAGCUCAGCAUCAGCGCGAGCGCGGAGCCAACGUCGUUCACCACCGAGGAGCUGAUCAAAUACUGGGGGUCAGAGGCAAAGGGCAAUGUCAACGGCUCCAACUCGCGCUGCCGCGGGAAUCGCUCGCGCUUACUAGGGUGGAGCCCAAUAUACACCACUGCCGACUUGAUCGCGAGCAUUAAGCCCGAGGUUGAGGCGUUGAUUGCAAGGCGCAGCUAUAAGAUCGUCCGACUUUGA